AGACCCCCCCCCCUUUUUAAAGUUUGUGCAGUGUCUCUGUAUAUCAUACUACUCUUCACUCAGACUGCAGGUGGUUCUUAAGUUUUGUUUCAGGUUUUCCAUUUCUGUCCAAAGGAAAAAUCUAGUUACCUUCGCUAUCACUCAGAAAGCAAGAAAGUAUGGUUGUAGUCACUAGGCUGGAAAUAGAAGAAUUCCCUAUACCUUGAACUUGGGUAAUACUUAACGGUGACUUAACUCUAAAUGCUGCUUUCCUUUCAUAUAAGCCUAAUUUAGCUAUAGACAUGUAGGAAAGGCUUUUAUUUUGGUCCCAGCAGAGAACCAGAGGAGUUUCAGUGCUUCAUCUUCCAUCUAAGGCCAGUUCAAAGUCCCACGUUUUUGAGAGAUAUUUUCUGUAUUACACUCUGUACUUACAGUGCAAACAGAUUCAAACAUUCUUGCCUUUGCUUUUAAUUCAUUCAUUCUAUCAGCCUGUCCCCAGGCUAUCCCAUACAGACCUUUGAGAAACUCUUAAUCUCGUGGCCCUCUAAACCCCUUAGUUACUUGUCUAACUGGGAAGAAAUGAACCCACCUUACCAAGUCUUGCAGACACCUGACUUCUUCAACCUCCUGCAGCAGAGUAUUUGCUUGAAUUGUGUCUAUCAUAUCACAUACUGCUGAAAUCAGCCUGUGGUAUCAAAGGGGGAAGGCUUCCCAGCCAGACGGAAAGGAGUUUUCUGUGAGCUCUCAUUCCUGUACUUGGGUUUGAAAUUACACUGCUGAAGACUGUUUAUUUCAUUUGAGUCUGGGUGGUUUUACUUCCGUUAAUUGCCUAGUUCCAGUGCCUGUUCUCCAUUUUAUGAUCUAGAACUUGGAUGCUGGACUCUACUAGGUUCAGGAAAUACUUGGCAAGAUUUGGCACAUUCUUUCCAAAUUCAAAAAAGAUUGAUACAUACCUGAUGCUGACUUACGAAUUUAUAAUUUUUUAUAGAACUGCCAGCUUCCUUGGGAAAUCAAAAAGAAGGGAAGAUUGGUAAAUACAGAAAACUGGAUGGUCUCUUAAGAUAAGUUGUUCUCCCUUGAACAGACAGGGUUUGUAUAAAAAGAUACUAGCUAUUAGAGGGCAGAAACCAAUCUCAAAUCUCUUCAAAUCUAAUAUAUAAAAGAGCAUUCCCAUAGUGUAUAAUAUACUGUUGAUUCUCAUUAUUCACUGUAGUUAUGUGAAAUUGUCAGGGAACUGUGAAUUAACAAAUACUGAAACAUUGUUCCUAGAGGAAAUCCAGGGUUAAGUUCCUUUGAGCUUCUGAUAUUUGCCAACUGAUCAAUAUAUAAUCCUGUUUUAUAUGUGUUCCUAUUUAAAUCACCUCAACAUACAUUGCUUAUUUAUCAACAUUAAACUCAAAGCCAACAGCAUUGUAACUCAUUCUUGAACAAAGCUUAUCUAACACGGGAUUUCUCUCCAAAGCGUACCACAGCCUUCUGCUUAGGAAAACUAGGUAGCAGUUCAAGCUCUAUAUAGUCUUGGGGUAAUUAGAAGUGAAAUUGCUAGUGAAAAGCAUGAAAAUUCAAAAUAUGUGACUGCAAAAUAGAUAACAAAAAGGGCAUUUGUUUAUAAUGUGGGCUGCAACAAGAAGAUUGCCUUGUUCCACAUCCACUAGGAACAUGCACAUUGGGCAUCUUAGAAUAUUCCGCCCUGCACAUGUACAUGAAUGACUACAAAGGUACUGCAAGUAGUGAUUUGGGGUUAGAAAUAAGUUUUAAUGGGUAGAUGAAUUUGCAAAUACCAAAUCUAAAUAAUGAUCAACUACCUGCUAACAGCCUCUGGUCUAUUGUAGACUGGCCAAUUUCAGCAUUUCAAUUUACUUUUCUAGUUGCCUUAGGAAGUAUAGUCUAGUUGAAAUAAAGUUAGAGAAACUUCUAAUGCUGAAUUGUAGGACCCAUGUAUUGGAGUAAUUAGAAUUACAGAGAAAUCAUUUAUUAAAGUCGAAUUUAAUUCCAAUUACAAUGAAAGAAAACAGAGCUUUUAAAGUUUUGCAAAGUAGUUACCUUUAGAGACUCUGUAGGUUUAUUCCAGUAACAUCAUUGGCCAAAGUUACUUUCAGAUAGCCUUCAGUGCUAUUUGGACCCAUACUAAAAUCAAACUUAUUACUUCAAAGUAGAUUCUUACAAGUGCAGAUGGAUUUGGGGAUGGCUUCACGGAAGUGAGAUCUGAGCUGGGUAUGAAAGGUGGGAAGGAAGUCCAUUCUAGAUAAAGACAUCUAGACAGCCAUGCAUGAAAAUAACAAUUACAACUCCAUGUGAAGUGUAUUUCUCCAGAUGACACUGGUCUAGAGAGGUUCCAUUGUAAUUAAAGCCACUUAACAUCACGUUUUUAACCAAGUUUUGACCAUACUACAGCUAUAUUAUAUAUGUUUUAAGAAAAUCAGGGAGAUUGGCCUAACCAGAGAGAGUGGGGAGGUUAUGUAUUAGCAAUAUUGGGGACAGAUUGGCUGAGCAGAAUAGAGCCAGAAAUUCAGUUUGGGUUUUGGAAAUGCUAAGUAACAAAGCUUUUUUGAGAAGUGCACCCUCUUGACUACUCUCAGACCUCACUAGGUAAUUGGGGGAGAAAAAUGGUAAAAUCUUUUUGGCUACUGUCCAGGCUUUUUCCUCUACCUUGCAAAAUCAGUUUCUAAGACCUACAUUUUGAGACAUGCUUUCCCCUGCUGUUUUCCCUUAGUCCCCACUGAUGUUGCAUUUCCUGUUGCCAGAGCCUGUUAUUCCUUGGUCUAGUUGCUUUUGGGGCCGGGAAGAGCUCAGCUGGAGCAUGGCCUGGGUUCUAGCAUUCCUCAGACUAAGAUGAGUGUGUGGCCUCUUACAGGGAAUUACUUUGGAGAACAGCACUUACCUUUGGUGUAUUUGGAACUCUGGUAUAUUUGUUAAAAUGUUUAUAUAACUUAAUCUCUGCCCCAUUCUAGCGUUGUGUGUUUGUUACUCCAGAGGAUAAGUAGAUGAGGCUUGUUGGGGGCACUCCCCUCCCCACACCUUUAUUUUAAUAGCUUGCCUUCGGAAGCACCGGCCUUUCACUUAUCCAGGUACUGAUGCUGGAGCUGUUAACCAUUUAUUGCCUAACAUAACAGUCUGUUGCUCUUCAGAACCGAAUAUUUUGAUGACUGGGCCAACCCUUACUUAUAUAUUAGCAUUAAUUAAAGACCAAUACAGACUGGAGUGUAAUUACGUGCCCCAAUGCGUGGCUCAAGGGUAGGGAUCACCAGCCUUUCCAUUAACGAAGCCUAUGUGGCAGAGAAAAGUAAUGACGUCGCCCUGGCGGAGUCCCUUGUCCUUCCUUCCCACACGUACACACCUUUUAUCUCAGAGGCACUUAGUUCUUUCCCCCAAACUUCUUUGGCUCUUCUGCCUCCUUCCCUGCGUCCAGAAAGCCGGAGUAGGGGAGCGGGGGAAGGGGGGCGUGCCGCUCACUGCCGUACUUGUUCCUGUCCCUGGCAGUCUGGUGGGGGUCAUGGGUGAACUGCCCCAGCCCAGCUGCAGCCGACCCGGGUCCCAGCAGCUGCCCUUUGCUCUCCUUUUCAAGUCUGGAGGCUCUGGGAGUGGGCGUGGGAGUAGCCCUAGCUGCGGCUUAGAAGUGUUACGGGACUGUUCAGGGAGCCCCCAGCGGUAGCUACCUUCUGACUAGAAGCCAGGGGAGGGAGCUUGGGGUAAGGGGAGGGCCCUGAGGGAGGGGUCAGACUCCUUAGUAAAGAGUUAAUGGGCAGAGGGGGAGGGGAUAGGACGGAGAAACCGAAGGGAAGGCUCAGCCGCGGCGGCGACUUUCAGUUUCAUUUCCACGGACCCUCUUGCCUGGGCCGCAGCCGCCGCCGCGAUGCCCAGUAAGUUCAGCUGCCGGCAGCUCCGGGAGACGGGCCAGAGCUUCGAGAGUUUCCUGGUCGUUCGGGGACUGGACAUGGAGACAGAUCGCGAGCGGCUUCGGACUAUUUAUAACCGGGACUUCAAGAUCAGCUUUGGGACCCCCACCCCUGGCUUCUCCUCCAUGCUGUAUGGAAUGAAGAUUGCAAAUCUGGCCUACGUCACCAAGACUCGGGUCAGAUUCUUCAGACUCGACCACUGGGCUGACAUGUGGUUCCCAGAAAGGGGGAGAAUGAAGCGGGGGUCAGAUAUCAGCAAACACCACAAGUCACUGCUAGCCAAGAUCUUUUAUGACAGGGCUGAGUAUCUUCAUGGGAAACAUGGGGUGGACGUGCAAGUCCAGGGGCCCCAUGAAGCCCGCGAUGGACAGCUCCUUAUCCGCUUGGAUUUGAACCGCAAGGAGGUGCUGACCCUGAGGCUUCGGAAUGGAGGAACCCAGCCUGUCACCCUCACCCACCUCUUCCCACUCUGCCGGACCCCCCAGUUUGCCUUCUACAAUGGAGACCAGGAGCUGCCUUGCCCACUGGGCCCUGGUGAAUGCUAUGAGCUCCACAUCCACUGUAAGACCAGCUUUGUGGGCUACUUCCCAGCCACAGUGCUCUGGGAGCUUCUGGGACCUGGGGAGCUGGGUUCAGAAGGAACUGGCACUUUCUACAUUGCCCGCUUCUUGGCUGCCAUCGCCCACAGUCCCCUGGCUGCACAACUGAAGCCCACAACACCCUUCACACGGACCCAGGUCACUGGAAACCCUGUAGUGACCAACCGGAUAGAGGAAGGAGAGAGACCUGACCGCGCUAAGGGCUAUGACCUGGAGCUAAGUAUGGCGCUGGGGACAUACUACCCACCCCCCCGCCUCCGGCAGCUUCUCCCCAUCCUUCUUCAGGGAACAAGUAUCUUCACUGCCCCAAAGGAGAUUGCUGAGAUCAAGGCCCAGCUGGAGACAGCCCUGCAGUGGAGGAACUAUGAAGUGAAGCUCCGGCUGCUGCUGCACUUGGAGGAGCUGCAGAUGGAGCAUGACAUCCGGCACUAUGACCUGGAGUCAGUGCCCAUGAUCUGGGACCCCACAGACCAGAACCCCAGGCUGCUCACCCUCGAGGUUCCCGGGGUGACCGAGAGCCGCCCCUCAGUGCUGCGGGGUGACCAUUUGUUUGCCCUUUUGUCCUCUGAGACACACCAGAAGGACUCCAUCACCUAUAAGGGCUUUGUGCACAAGGUGGAAUUGGACCGUGUCAAGCUAAGCUUUUCCAUGAGCCUCCUGAGCCGCUUUGUGGAUGGCCUGAUGUUCAAGGUGAACUUCACCUUCAACCGACAGCCCCUACGGGUGCAGCACCGUGCUCUGGAGCUGACAGGGCGCUGGCUGCUGUGGCCUGUGCUCUUUCCUGUGGCUUCCCGUGAGAUCCCGCUGCUGCCCUCAGAUGUGAAUCUCAAGCUGUAUGACCGGAGUCUGGAGUCCAACCCUGAGCAGCUGCAGGCCAUGAAGCACAUUGUCAUGGGCACCACCCGUCCAGCCCCCUACAUCAUCUUUGGGCCUCCAGGCACUGGCAAGACUGUCACCCUGGUGGAGGCUAUCAAACAGGUGGUGAAGCACUUGCCCAAAGCCCAUGUCCUGGCCUGUGCUCCGUCCAACUCAGGGGCAGACCUCCUCUGUCAACGUCUCCGGGUCCACCUGCCCAGCGCCAUCUGCCGCCUCCUGGCCCCCAGCAGGGACAUCUGCAUGGUGCCUGAGGACAUCAAGCCCUGCUGUAACUGGGAUGCAAAGAAGGGGGAUUACGUGUUUCCCACUAAGAAGAAACUGCAGGAAUAUCGUGUCUUAAUCACCACCCUCAUUACUGCCAGCAGGUUGGUCUCAGCUCAGUUUCCCAUCGGUCACUUCACCCACGUCUUCAUCGAUGAGGCUGGCCAUUCCAUGGAGCCCGAGAGUCUGGUGGCCAUAGCAGGGCUGAUGGAAGUCAAGGAAACAGAUAAUCCAGGAGGGCAGCUGGUGCUGGCAGGAGACCCUCGGCAGCUGGGGCCUGUGCUGCGUUCCCCACUGACCCAGAGGCACGGGCUGAGCUACUCACUGCUGGAGCGGCUACUCACCUACAAUUCCCUGUACAAGAAGGGCCCCAGUGGCUACAACCCUCAGUUUAUAACCAAGCUGCUACGCAACUACAGGUCUCACCCCACCAUCCUAGACAUUCCUAACAGGCUCUAUUACGAAGGGGAGCUGCAGGCCUGCGCCAACGAGGUCGACCGAGAGCGCUUCUGCCGCUGGGAGGGCCUGCCUCGACAGGGCUUCCCCAUCAUCUUUCACGGCGUAAUGGGCAAGGACGAGCGUGAGGGCAACAGCCCGUCCUUCUUCAACCCCGAAGAGGCUGCCACGGUCACUUUCUACCUGAAGCUGCUCCUGGCCCCCUCCUCCAAGAAAGGCAAAGCCCGCCUCAGCCCCCGAAGUGUGGGCAUCAUCUCCCCAUACCGGAAGCAGGUGGAAAAAAUUCGUUAUUGCAUCAACAAACUUGACAAGGAGCUUCGGGGACUGGAUGACAUCAAGGACUUGAAGGUGGGCUCCGUGGAAGAGUUCCAAGGCCAGGAGCGCAGCGUCAUCCUCAUCUCCACUGUGCGGAGCAGCCAGAGCUUUGUGCAGCUGGAUCUGGACUUCAACCUGGGCUUCCUAAAGAACCCCAAGAGGUUCAAUGUAGCUGUGACCCGGGCCAAGGCUUUGCUCAUCGUGGUGGGCAACCCGCUCCUGCUGAGCCAUGACCCUGACUGGAAAGCAUUUCUGGAGUUCUGUAAAGAAAAUGGGGGGUAUACCGGGUGCCCCUUCCCUGCCAAACUGGACCUGCAGCAGGGACAGAACUUACUCCAAGGUCUGAGCAAGCUCAGCCCUUCUACCUCAGGGCCCCAAAGUCAUGACUGCCUGCCCCAGGAGAGGGAGGAUGGAGGAGGCCUGUCCCUGCAAGUGGAGCCAGCGUGGAGGAAUGAGCUCUGAAGACACAGCAGCCGGCCUUCUCACACCAGCCAAGCCUUAACCACCCACCCGACCCUGAACCAGAACCCAGCCCAGCUGCCCCUCCAAGGGACAGGAAUGCUGGGGGAGGGAGUUUACAACCCAAGCCAUUCCACCCCCUCCUCUGCUGGGGAGAAUGACACAUCAAGCUGCUAACAAUUGGGGGAAGGGGAUGGAAGAAAAACUGAAAAACAAAAUCUUGUUCUAUGCAAAAGCC